CUGACAGGCUGCUUCCUUCCCCUGGGGUUGUGGGGGAGGAGGAGGAGGUAGGAAGGAGAGUUGUAGAGCUCUCUCCCCUCCCAAUUCCUCCAAACCCUGGAUACAGAAGCUUUGGGCAGCAUAAAUAGUACCUCUUGCUUUCCCCAAUGCAAAGGGAGCCUGGUGGCCCUGGGAAAUCAGGGCCUCCGUAAGAGGCUGGGUGUCCAAAUAGAGGGGAACAUGGGCCCCUGCUCAGACUAUGAAUGUGGCUCUUCCAAAAAGGCUGUCAACCUAACAGGAGUCCCUGCCUGUGCAAUUGAUCUUGUUUGGUUCUCUGGCUGGUAACCCACGCGUGGAAGUGGGAACCUCUGCUCCAUGGAGGAGGUUGCAAGCAGUCCAGUCUUCGUCUCCUUCCAGUGCUGCUUGGCUUCAAAGUUGAGCCAUUCGAUGGUCUUUGGGAGGCCUCAAGCAGGUCUGGCCUGGAGUAAGGAGGUGCAUGGUCAGACCCAGUCAGAGCUCCUCUACUAGCAGCGUACAUGUUAGAGCUGAGUUUGCAGGGACUUCUGGAUUUGGGGCUGUAAGAAGAGCCGUCAUCAGGGGAUUGGGUGACAGGAGGGCGCAAUAAAAGCUGUAGCAAAGGCCGAGCAGGAAAGGAGGGGAGCGGUAGCUGAUAACUGAGAACGAAGACCAUAAGAGAAGCCUCAGGACGCUGGCAGGCUUGCCGUUGAGACGGGGCCCAGGAGGUCCCGUCCAUGUAUCCUGGGCUCCACAGUAAAUAUGGCUCUGGAUACAGUGGGCUGCAGGGGCCUUCUGCAAAGCCUUGUUUGAGAGCCUGGAAUAUAAAUUUAAGCCUCUGCCAAAGGAACAUCCAUCUGGCCCAUGGGUGACUUCUAGGUGACCCCAAAGGAGCCAUUAGUGAAAAGGUCAUAUCUGUCUCAGGAAGCACAAAAUGCCUAUUAGCCUAAGAAUUAUGUUCACCGUCUCCCCAUAGCCUCUGAUACAUUUAUUUUGAUUUUCAUAAGUCAGACUUUUCUUUCUCUCCUUCUUCCCCUAAAUGACAAAAUCAACACACUUGCCCAAUAUUAUCCUUUUUUUUUUAAAAGCCAACCCUUGCCUUACAUCUUAGAAUCAAUACUGGGUAUUGGUUCCAAAGUAGAAGAGUGGUCAGGGCUAGGCAAUUGAGGUUAAGUGACUUGCCCAGGGUCACACAGAUCAAACUUGAGCCCAGGACCUCCUGGCUGAAUCUGAACCUGGGUCAGGCUCUCAAUCCCCUGAGCCAUAAAGUUGUCCCUUGCCUAUAUUAUCUUAUAAGUGACUGUAUUAGUCCCCUGUCCAAGGCUGACCCAAACUGGCAUGUGAUCAGAUCUAGGCCCUCAUCACGUCAUGCCUCCUCAUCACAGCAGCCUCCUCAGUGGCUUAUCUUUUCCCAUUCCCCCACCUCUCUACAUUGCUGGUUGAUGGUGAAAAGAUAAGCCCUCUACAAACAGGGAGCUUCUGCCCAGCCCGCAGCCCCCACCCUGGAACCCUCCAAAUCUUAGCCAUCCUUUACUGCCCAGCUCAAAUGCCCCCUCAGCCUUUCACAGCCAUUCUGGCCCCCUUGGGCUUUCCACUCUUUAGAUCCCUCCUCCUCAUUCUGAGCGAUAGUGCUGAUCUGUUUUGUAUGCCUUUUUGAUCUCCCCAACUCCAAGGGAAGGUGCUUUGGGCAGGAGUCAGGCUACUCCUUUUCUCCUCAGAAUUCAAUACCCUCCAAGCUCUUUUGGAAGGGAGAGAAGGGUUCCAUGGCGCUGUGGCUAGUACUCACUCUUAGUUUAGGCAGCUAGGAGGUGCAAUGGGUAGAGAGCUGGGCCUGGAAGCAGGAGUUCAAAUUCAGCCUUAGACACUUACACUAGUUUUAUGCCCCUGGGCCAGUCCCCUAACCUUGAUUCACCUCAGGUUCCUCAUCUGUACAAUGGGGAUAAUAAUACAUUCAUCCUUUCCGCAGCACAACUUUCCCAACUGGGGUUUCAAUAUUUUGCAGGUUGGCAUAGAACACUAAAUGAGAAUUUGGGGCCGGGGUGCAGAAGCCACAGACAUUCGAAGGCCAGCAGAUGCACUAGAAAAGUUUAGACGCUCAGAAAUGCAAACUCAGCGUAAAUUUAUAAUAAGGUACUCUAAGGAUCCCAUGAGAAAAGGAAAAAGAUUCAGACCUCUCUGGUAGGAACGGAGGCCCCCAAAAUGUGAUUCAGAUUUCCUAUAACCCCUGAGAUGGGUUAGCACCUACUGGAUUGUCAAGUACAGUGCCUGGUACGUAGUAGGUGCUUUGUCACUAUCUCAGACCCUGUCCUCCAAGCAUUUCCCUUCAAAGUCACUGAGAGACUAUAGGAAAGGACUACAAUAGGGGAAGUCCCAGAAAGACAGCCAGGUUGGGGACUGUUUUCUCCAGCAGUGCUCCCCUCUAGACUUCCUUCUUUGGAUGCUCAUCAGUUUGAGGGACUCCCUCCUGUGCGCCCACAUCUGUUCUUGUCUGAACCUUUGGGACCCACUGAAUGUUCAGGCUUUUUCUCAGAAUGUAAUGGAAGAGGGUUUCAUUCCACCGUCUGUGGCUUUUACUCAGGCUGUUACUUAAUUGAGGCUAAGAUGGAUCCUUUCAGAUUGCAUUGUUUCUGGCUGGGAAAACAAUAUUCGGGGUGGUCACUGUCUUAACAUCAUCCAAUCAGCAGACCUCCUUAUGAUCUGGCCCACAACCAACAUCCCUCACUAGGAUCAUCCCUGGUGAUCUCCUCCCUCCCCUGCCCCAACCCUAGCCCUGAGGGUGUCAGGAAAUUGGGUGAUGGACAGCCUUACUUGGGCCUGAACUCCAGCUGGGUAAAAUAGACCAGGACUGGAAAGAACUCUGGGUUUCCAAGGCAAUUUUUUAGCUUUUGUGUAAGAAGAGGGGGAAAUAGUGUCUAGAAAUGGCCAUACUUAAAUUUGUGACUUAAUGGUUGCCACUGCAUUUUCAAGGUUAGAAUGAAUGUGAGUGGGAAGAGAAAAAGGAGGUUAAAAAAUUCUCUCUUUCUCUCUGUCUCUCUCUCUCUCUUUCUCUCCCUCCCUCCCUCUCUCUCCCCUCUUUGAUCUUCCCUCCCUCUCUCCUUCCUCUUCCUCUUUUCCUCUUUCUUCUUCCCUCUCUCUCUCUUCCUUUUCCCCUUUUUUCUCUGUCGUUCUCUCCCUCUUCCCCUCUCUCUUACUUCCUCCCUGUCUCCCUCCUCCUCUCCUCUCUCCUCUCUUUCUUCUCUCUGCCAUUGUUUCAGUCUGGCUGGCUGAAUAGUCGCUAAGACAGCAGCAGCAGCAUAUCGAUUUCCAUUAUGACAGCUAUCUCCAAGGCUAGAAACUUCUCUAGGCCAUUUCUUUUUUUUGCUGAAAGCUCUGAUCCCAGAGAGCACGGCAGCCCAGGGAGAAUUCGAGGAGGCGUCCCCAAACCCCUGGCUUUGGCUUGUCCCUAGGAUCCAGUCCCCCCUUCCUGCCUCUGAAAAUCUUUCCUGUUAACCUUGCCUCUGUAGACGGCUUCACUUGAGUGGGCUACAGCAUUCCUGGGGAAACAAGCCUUCCAUUGGGCUUCUGGGCUGGAGCAUCUGUUAAGUUACAUCAGCCAGCAAGGCCACAGGCAGAGGCCAAGAGCUAGGAGGGGAAGAGGUAAGGGGAAUGGAGCCCAGGCAAGGCCUGCAUGCACCACCCGUGCAGGGGGAGCCCAGAAAAAAGCCCCCAGGGACGUCUCCUGGGCGCCUCCGAGCAGCAGCAUGUCCCAAGAACUGUGGGGCCGGGGAAAAUAAGGCCCGAGCCUUCCCCUGAGCAGCCCGCCUUUUCUCUGGGCAUCUCAGCCCGUUCCUGUGUUCUCCACCAUGAUGGCUCUGAGAGAUUCGCCCCAAGACAUAAUCGGCGCUGCCUACCUUUGCUUUCCCUGCCUCACUGACACUGCAGAAGAUGCGUCUUACGCUGCUCCCGCCUCCCCCCAGCCGCGCUGUUGCCAAGCCCGUACAGACGUGGAACAUGAUUUCUUCGCCACCCGCACAACAUUUCCAGUUGAGUUGGUGUUUACGGAUCAGCCUUCAGCCGGGUGGUUUUUUAAACCUUCCAUCUUAGAAUCCCUACAGUGUGCUGGUCCAAGGCAGAAGAGCAAUAAGGGCUGCGCCAUGGGCAUUAAGUGACUUGCCCAGGGUCACCCAGCUAGGAAGUAGCGGGGGCCUCUGGUCUCUAGACUCAUAUUACCUGUAGCAGAGGAGUGGGGCGGCUAGGACUCCAGCCCUGAUGGGAAAGCUGCUUUCUCUUUGUAAUCGUUGUUGCUACAUUUUUGAUAUUUAUUUUUAGCUUUUCUUAAGUUUUGAGUUCGGAAUCCUGUCCCUCCCCCCAGUCCCUGGCCCCUACUCCAAGAAGCAAGCAGUGGGACAUCCGUCGUACCUGUGAAAUGAAGCCAAACGGAAGCUUUCUUUGCCUGCCCUGAUGGGGUUCUAUAGCUCUCUGGUGUCUGGGUGAAAGGGACGGUGGCAUGGCACCUCCCUUCCAGGUCAUUGUGAGGAUUCGGCGAGAGAAUAUUUAUAAAGCAGUCAGAGCCGGCCUUUCUAUCAGGAGCCUGAUGGGGGCACUCGGGACCCAGCCCUCUUCUCUAGGCAGCUAAGUGGCAGAUCCUGCCAACUGUGACCCUGGCAAGGUAGCCCUCUGUAAGCCUCAGUUUCCUCUCCGUAAAAUAGGGGAUAAUAUUAGAUUGUGAGCACCCUGAGGGCAGGGACUGACUUUUGCCUCCUUUUACAUCUCUACCACUUAGCACAGUGCCUGGAAUAUAGCAGACACUUACGAAAUUUUUAUUUUUUAUUUGUUUUUUAAGCCCUUAUCUUCUGCCUUAGAAUUGAUACUAAGUAAUGGUUUCAAGGCAGAAAAGCAAUAAGGGCAAUGGAGGUUAGGUGGUUUGCCCAGGGUCACAUAGCUAGGAAGUAUUUGAAACCAGAUUUGAACCCAGGACCUCCCAGGCUCUACCCAUUGAGCCCACCUAGCUGCCACUAAUGAAUGUUUAUUGAUUGAUUAAAUAUUAAUAAAUAUUAAAUAUUACUUCUCAGGGUUGUCAUCAGGAUAAAAUAAUUGUAAAGUGCUUUGUAUCUUAUAGCACUAUAAUAAAUGCUAACUAUUAUGAUUAGGCAACUUCUCAGAAUUCUACCCCCCCCCCCCAAUAAAACUAAAAACCCAAUCACCCUAGCUACUUAGUGCCAGAGGAGCCAGACCAAAUCAAUACUCCGCACCACGGAAUGAAGUCUCAGGUCUCUCCUCUUCCUGUAACAGUUAAAAUCUAGGGGAGACUGAGGCAUGUAGAAAUUAGUUUCUCUCUGCAAGGAGUAUUAUAUUUUUUAGAGGUUUAUUAAAGGUUAAAGAUUAAAGAAAAUGCAGAAUAAGAAAAAACACGUGCCUAGGCCAGAGGCCUAGGCAAGAUAACCUCACAUCAUGGAAGAGACACCUCUGCUCCAAAACGGAAGUCCAAAAAGCGCCCCAAAAACCUUUGCCACCAGCUUAAAUUCUUCCUCCAUCUUGGCCCACCUCAGAAUUCCCAUGAGAUUACAAAGCAUUUUGGGGAAGUGGAGCAAAGGCUUGUGGGGAUUGUAGUCCUGUAUUCUAGUCUAUUUUUUUUACAUUCCCCCGUUUGAUCCUCUGGGAAGAAGUCCUUCCCCAAAGGAUCAUAAAAACAUAAUCAAUUUAAAGAUUACAAUAAUUUGAGGAUAAGAAAAAAAAAGAACAAAACCAAUAAUUACUGGACGCAUUGACAGAAAGCCAGUUAGGGGGCAGUCCCCUUUUGGCAUGAAAGUAUACAUACAAAUAAAUGUUCAAUCAACUACACCCAAAGUUCAAUUUUGUGCAACUUGUGGUCUGGAGGCUUCUUCAUAGUAUCCUCUCCAACAGUUCAGUUCUGGAUUCAGAGACGUAGCAUCUUCUUUACCUAAAAUUCUUCUCAAAAGGAAUUUAAACUUUGCAAUUUAAAUAAUGAUAUUUUUACAUUCCCCCCAUUAUGAGGGUGAUUGACAAAUACAGAAUCACUUAGGGAUGCAUGGCUGAGGUAUGAGGUAUAUGAAUCAAUUGGUAAGAGAAAUUAAAAAGAUAUCAGAAAAAUCAAAAAGAAAAGAAAAAAAUUUCUGGAUGAAAAUAUAGACUAUCAAAGUCUUAUGUGUAAAAAUUCCAAGUAAAAGAAAAAUAAAUCUAUAACAGGUCCUUGAAUCAAGGCCCAAUCAAAAUUAUCUAAGCAAUGAUGCCUUUACCCAGUCAGUAGCCAGGACUACAGAAAGGCACCACACUAUGAGACAGAAAAGGGGACCAGAUUAUAGAAGCCAAGGUUUGGGGAUACUCGUCUGUGAGUAUCUUCAGAGUGAGUGUGGACACAAGGAAAGCCUAUGUCUAGCAAUGAUAAACACAGUAACCUCGAGUCUUCACACUAGGUUCAAGACCUUUGUAUUGGCUUAGACGUACAUCAAUCCAUCCUGUAUUGGCUUUUCUUUGGCUCUGUGCAAUGGCUCUUGUGUGUAUAUCUUGUCCUGGAAUCAUACAGAAUCAUUAAGCAAAGUCCCAUAAUUUAUUUAAAUAAUUAGUGGCAUCGUUUUUAUAGUCACAAGCUUUUUAGGGCAUGCAUUAGCAAAUGUAUUUCAAACUUGUAGCACUGAAAAGUCAAAAGGUUAAAGAAAAUUUUAAUGCUGGUGACAUGUGCUUCAAAUAUAAACAUUGGUUUGCUGUCUUUCUCUCUCUGUUUCCCCAUAUCUACAACUAUUAUAGUUUUCCUCUUAGUGGGUAAAAUUUUUGUAUACACUUACAGUUAGAAUUUCUUGGGGUGCAGUAUGCUUAUGUUUAGUGAUCAAUUGGGGAGACUAGUCCCCCAAUCAUCAUCAGGGGGGAUUGUGAAUUUUUAAAUCUCCAUCUUGGUCUAGCACCCAAAAAUUGUGCACACCCACACUACACGGGCAUGUGCUAGUCAAUGACAAAUCAGAAAUAACUAACUGCCCAGCUGGGCUGUCCUAAGCCAAGCUUGAGCCACCAUUGGCACGUGUGAGGCACAGGAAGUGAAGGAGAGAGCAGCCUUCGGAAUUCGCUCACUUCCUGUAGACAGGGCUAGAUGCCAGUUCAUGUUAGGAGCUUGAACAGAGAGGAGGCCCGCAGACAGCUUCCCUUCAGAUCGGUCACGUGAGUCAAGGACUGAUUCCUUCCACCUUGGCCCUUUGGGCCUAAACUCCCUCUUCCUUGGUCAGAGGUUGAGUAGCCCCUUUCCCUUUUCUCCUCUCUCCUUCUCUCCCUCUCCUUUUCCCUACUUCCAUUGUGAUUAAACCUCCAUAAACUCCAUUCUGACUUGAGUGUUCAUUUUAGGAAUUUCAUAAGUAAAUUCCUUGGCAGCCAUUGUUCAAUAUUAUAAUAAUCUUAAAAGGUGAAAAUUUUCACCACAACACCCCCCCAGCUCACAUGCCCUCUCCUUGCUAGGUCACUGACAGAAAGGAUGUGUGACUCCUUCCCCACUUGUCAUGCCGGUCGUGCCUCAUAAUGUUCGUGUGUACUGAACAGGGCUCCUACUACGCCCCCCUGCAGCCCAGGCUUGGGCCUGCUCCCUGCAGAAUGGAGAAGCACUUGGAGACCCCUGUGUGGCUCUUUCGAGGAGAGGAGGGAUGGGGCUAAAGAGAGGAGCUUCCAGGGAAUGCAGGUUUCUGGAUUGGGGCUGCUUGGUUGGUUUGAGAGGAUGGGAAGUAGUUGCUUGUCUUUCUUGCUUCUCUCAGCUACCGCAAGCACAGUCCUACAUAGGGUUGCCCUUCUAGUGUUGGUGCCUCCAGAAGACUUCACUGGAGCAUGUGUGUGCAGGCUGAGGGCGUCUGUGGCCUUUCUUCUGUCCCCACUGCCUUCCACAUCCCUGGAGCAGAAGUCAGAAAUGGCCCCCCUCAUGGGCUCCCAGGGACUUAGAGCCAGCCAGGCCACUUCAUAAGUGAAGAAGCUGGGGCCCAGCGAGCUCAGGGGGCAGCCAAAUGCAGGGCUCUAACUGGAAAUUCAGGGCCCACUCCCCAGGCCCCACUAACCCAAAGCCUAAAGGGGGAGGAGGACCCUCCCAGAGAAGUGGUAGAUGCUAAGGCAGGGAUGAGGCUUGACUUUUUUGGACUUGGCCAGUGCUGAAAUUUGUUUUGCUCUGCUCUGCUAUGUGUUACAAAGGUUUUCAGCUUUUUCCUUUCCUUUUUUCAAAUGAGGGGAAAAGAGGCUGGGAAAAGAAAAAAGUAGAUCUUUGUUUAUUUUAAAAAUGAACAUUUCUAGAAGUUGAGAUGAGGGAAGGAGAGUCUAGGAACCCCAGCUCAUCCUCUCUGCCUUUAUCCUUUAUUGGCCUAGCCCAUUCAAAUUUAAAUGAGACCCCACAUGGCAACAAUUAAAUGUGACUAAUGGUUUAUCAUUUUAAUUGAGGCUUUAAUCAUUUAUUUAUUAUUCAUUGCCAGUAACUUUAGGGGGAGCCCCCAUAAUAGCUUCCUCCCUCCAGUCUUCCUCCCUCUAGGCCCUCGCCUUUUUCUUGCCCCCAGAGGGAAACACUUCCCUUUGCUCUGAGGUGCCCUGUGGGUCCGCUCUGGGCCUAGAGCCUUUCUCCUUCUUGGGUGUUCUGACAGAACUCCUGCCUCUUGGGGGGUGGGAGGGAGAGGCGGAUUUUUUCUUUUCCUUUUUAUUCUUUCUUUUCUUUUCUUUUCUUUAACCAAAAGCAAGAAAUGGUCAUAAAACCCCUCAGGAAGUGGAUGCUUUCCCACUCCAGAUUAGUCUGAGAGACAGCAAAAAGCCUUUCCAGGGCCCUCCCCCUCUCUAACCGGCCCUCCACCCCCUAACCCAAGCCCAACAACCCCCCAGCUCUGAAGCCAGGGGAACCCCUCUUGAUGGCACACGGAGAGCUUCCCCACAUUCCUGCCCCAUUGUUUGUUCCCGCCCCCUCCCUCCUCCGUCCCCUCUGGCCCACUUGGGGAGGCCCCAGCCCCUCUAGGCCAUUAUCCCCAACCCUAAACUGUGGGAAGAAGGUCGAGUUCCAGGGAAAUGGACGCCUUUGACAAGCCACGUCCCUGGCUAGGCUUCCCUUCUUCCUGGCGCUGGACAGAUAAGGGGUCGUUGCUGUGGUAACGGAAAGCUGGGCCAAGGCCUUCCUCUCCUUACCUCCCUCCUCCCUCCCUCGCACAUCACCAGGGAGCAGCUGAUCUCUGUGCCCAGGAGGCUUGGGGAGAGGAAAGCUGGGGGGCCUCUUUUCUCUCUUCCACUGGCCCCAGGGCCUGGGAAGCCUCGGGAAGCCCUCGGGCCUUCGAAGGGGGGUUAGAGGGAAAGAGGAGCCCUCCGACUGCCCCAAGACGGAGGAGGGGCCGAGCCUGGGCCGAGCAUGUGCGGAGUCGCUCCCAGAUUCAAGAGGGCCUGCAGGGAAGCUCCCCCAGUGGGCAGCUCCCCGGGACCCCAGGAGAACUGGCCUGGGCACCGCCGAGGCAUCCUGAGGAGCUGAUGGCCUUGGGUGGGUGGCGCAGGCCCAGCCGUGGAGAGCGCCUGCCUUCUGGCCUCCUCACCCGGCUUCUUUCACCAGGCCAGAAGCAGCGCUGCCGGGCCUCCCCUGCCCCUUCCCGGGGACCACAGCCAUCACUAGAGCAACCUGGACAAGUUUCCGCUUCCUGCCUCCGAGCCCACCAGAUCUGUGGGCUUUGGGGGCGGAGUGCCGGCCUCAGCCCUUCACCUAGUGCCCGCCGCUGCCGCUGCGGCUGGGACACAUUCCUGUGUAAUCUUGUUACAUUCCCUGCCUGGAGGAGGGCAGGAAAGGGGCCUUUGUGCGGCCUGCCUGCCUCCCUGCAGGGAAAACCUGCCCCUCGGGCUGGGGGCCAGAACCCCGAUUUCUCCUCGGGGUGUCCCCUUUAUCCACCCCCCCUUCUUCCCUUCUGGCUUCUUCGCUCCUUCUGCUUGUCCUUUCCCAGCAAGCAGGCUCUAGAAAAGUCACCCUAAUAAUAAGGAGCGAGCGAGGAGCAGGCCCGCGCCCCCCUCCUCGGCCAGCUCUGGAGGGCCUUUUUUCUCGCUCUUAUUCUCGAAGCUGCUCUUUGAUUUUGUUCCUUUGUUCCCUGAUUUCUGCCCCCCCCCUCCCCCUUCUCUCUGUCUUUGGGGGCAGGAGGGUGGUUGGGGGAGUGUUUUGCCUGCUUUCUCCAUCAGGGGACCAAGCACUGGGCUUACCAUAUUUUAAUUGAACUGUCUUUUCUCAGAGAUAUAUGCUUUAACCGCAUCCAGCUGCUUGUGUGUAUUGGGAAAUCUGACUAUAAUACAGAGGAGCUAAAUUAAAAGAAGCCAGCAUUGCAGUAACAAUGGUGAUUGAAUGGGGGAGGGGGAGGUAGGGACCCGGAGGGGGAGGGGAAGAGGCCGAGUUGGGGGCUGGGGAGGAUCGCCAUCUUCACCCCUUCCCCGCCUUAAAAAAAUAUGUUUCUGGUCAUGUAUUUUGGAGAAUGUGAAGGAAAAAAAGCUGUGGAAAUGUUAAUGAUAUCCACAGGACACUCAGCAGGAAAUGAGAGCAAUCUGGGACUAAUAAAAGCCGAAAUGUAAUUUGCGCAGAUAUACGAGGCAAAGGAAAAGGUGCAGGCAGUUUCAUUUGGAACAUCCCAGAGUUUCACACAUUCUGGGCUCAUAAAAUAUGCUGGGGACGGCAGAAGGAGGGCCGUCCAACCUUCGGAGGCGAGCCGCCCGUGCUCAGUAGCAGACCCGCUCCCAAGGCCCCCUCGGGACGUCCAGCACAGGGGCAGGAGUGGAGGGGGUGAGUCUUGUUCCUGACAUGAGCUCACCUGUUCAGCAGAGCCAGGCAGUGGAGAAAGUGGUGCCCCAUCCUGGGCCACUUCCUGCCCCCUUUCCCUCUCAAGCUCCUUCUAGCUCCUCUGCAUGUUGCUUUAGAAGAUAGGAAUCAUAUUUGUUGUUGUAUUACAUCGAUACUUUUUGAAAACCCUGACCCUCAUGGUAGAAUUAUUACUGUGUAUUGGCUCCAAGGCAGAAGUGGUCAGGGCUAGGCCAUGGGGCUCAAGUGACUUGCCCAGGGUCACCCAGCUGGGAAGUGGCUGAGGUCAGAUUUGAACCCAGGACCUCCCGUCUCUAGGCCUGACUCUCAUUCCACUGAGCUACCCAGCUGCCCUGCAAUGACAUAUUCUUGUUACUUUAUAUUGAUAUAUUUUGCUUUCCAUUGCCUUCAUUUCUCAGUCUCACUUCCUCUCCCCUCUUCUCAUAAUAAAGAAUUUAAAAAGAAGCCAAAAAAGUUGAGCAAAACCAACCAAAGGCAGAAUGGCUUAGUGGAAGUGCUCCUGGCCUCUGUUUACAUGGACAAGUCACUUAGCUUUCCAUAGCCAUAAAGGGAAGAAGCUGGACUAGAUGGCCGCUGAGCUUGCUUCCCACCGGAGCCCUGUGAGCCUGCGUUAAGAGUCACAGUUCCCUGCCUCAGGUUCCCCGUCUAGCUCCCAGAGCUUUAGGACAAAGGCGGCCCUCAGGAUUCCAAAGCAUUCCCCAUCUUGUUCCUGGUGAUGACGACAUAUAUUGAUUGUCCUGGCUUUUCUAUUUCACUUCGCCUCAGUACGUCUAAGUCUUCCCAUGUGCUCUGUAUAUUUCAUGUGCAUCAUUUCCUACCAGCAUAGUCAGCUUCUAUUACAUUUAUGGACGAUAAUUAGUUUAGACAUUUCCCAGGCUACAUAGAUAUUCUUAAUUUCUGGUUCUUUUCCCCCACAAAAAAAAAAAAAUCACUGGCAUAAAUAUAUUGAUUUGGGGCGGCCUGGUCAAUCAGUGGGAUAGAGAGCCAGGCCAGGAGACAGGAGUUCCUGGCUUCAAACCUGGCCCCAGACACUUCCUAGUUGACUGACCCUGGACAAGUCACAAAACUCCAGUUGCCUAGCCCAUACCACUCUUCUGCCUUGGAACCAAUACUAUGGAAGGUGAUAAGGGUUUUCAAAUAAGUAAAUAAAUAUAUUAAUAAUAUGGAGCCUUCCUUUUUGUCAUCAGCCUCUAAGAUCUUUGGGUCUAAGGGUGUGGACAGUUUGAUUCUUUCUCUCCCUCUCCCUCUCCCUCUCUCUCUCUCUCUCUUUCUCUGUCUCUCUCUCUCUUUUCUCUCUGUCUCUCCCUCUCCCUCUCCCUCUCUCUCUCUUUCUCUGUCUCUCUGUCUGUCUGUCUGUCUGUCUGUCUGUCUCUCUCUCACCCCUACCUUCUGUCUUAGAAUCUAAGGUAGAAAAGAGGUAAGGACCAGGCAGCUGGGUUAAGUGACUUGCCAGGGUACACAGCUAGGAAGCAUCUGGGACUAGAUUUGAACCUAGGACCUCCUAUCUCUAGGCCUGCUCUAUCCACUGAGCCACCUAGCACCCUCUUGGUCCCUCUCUUUAUGUAAUUCCAAAUUGCUUUCUAGAAUGAUCAGACUAAUCUGUAGGUUUCAUAUAUGUGCCUAUUAAGGUACAUGUGUAUCCCUGUUAGGAUAUAAGCUCCGUUUUCUUUUUCUUCGUAUCUCUAGCACUUAGCACAACAUCUGGUACAUAGUAAGUGCUUAAUAAAUGCCUGAUUGACUGACUGAUUGAUUAGGUGACAUUUCAAGCUGACUCAGUCUACUGACUGGAUCUAAAACCUAAAUUAGGCUGCAUUAGUUUCAGUGUGUGAGGAUAUGUGUUUUUUCUGAAAUUCAAGAUUUUUUUAAAAAGGAAUAGUUUUUAGUUGUUUUAGAGUGUUUUUUUUUUCUUUUUUUGGAAAAUCAAAUUAGGGGGCAGCUAAGUGGUUCAUUGUAUAAAAAGCCAGAUCUGGACAUGGAAGUCCAGGAUUCAAAUCUAGCCUCAGACACUUCCAGCCGUAUGACCUUGGGCAAGUCACUUAACCCCAGUUCCCUGGCCCUUACUGCCUUGGAACUGAUUUUAAGACAGAAGGUAAUGGUUUUCAAGAAAAGAAAAGAAAAUUAGAUCCAUUUUUGUUGAGGGAGCUGUUAGAUGGAACUCGAAUUCUUCUCUGUGUGUAGUAAGGAAACCAUCGGACAAAGAUCAGAAUCCUAUUUUGGGUAACUUUGGUUUGACACUUCCCUGCAGACACUUUGUGUAAUAUUUUAUAUGAGCCACCAUGGGAUGGAAGUAAAGUGGGGAAUUAGGGCAAAAGGCGAUUCUCCUUGUUAGAGUAAUGGUUGGAAUAAAUUCGGGGGGAGGGGAAGUCCCUUCUCCUUUUUGAAUAUUAACCCCAGAGCCCAGAUCAGAGAGGGUCUGAAAGGGUGUGGGUUGGUGGUGAAAUAGGGGAGCCAGGCCAAUCAGUCUCAAAAGACUAUCGGGGAGCUCCAGUGGCUCCGUCUAGCUCCCUCCUACCCGGGCCUCAGCUCUACAGAGCCAUGAUGUCUUUUCAUCAGGGAAGAAGGAACAAAGUCUCCCUCCAGCUCCAGUAGUCUUGGCUUCAGGGCACUAGCAGGGGAUGACUUGGGUUUACCUAGAGAGAACAUAUGGAUUCUUUCAAGCUUGUUUCUGGAGAGCCAUCCCUUCUGUCUGUGCUCCUCAGGCUAACCCCAGCUAUCUCCCACCUCCUCUGCUGUUCCUUUGCGGGGCUUGUCAUUGCCAAGAAAUCAGCUGAACUGUAAGAUGGGUUUCUAAAGCUCGGUGUUCCGCAGGAGACUGUCCAUUUAGAUGACUGAGUUCUCAGGACUUCUCUUUCUCCCCAACAUUUUGUCCUGCGGCUCCCAAGAAGAGUCUGAAGAAUGAGCCAAGCAUCCCCCUUUUUCCAGGUUUGAGUAGGAGAAAAGGGGAAGUACUUUCGGUGGGAUCUAGGCUGAGAGAAUCCUUUCUUCUGGCUGGCUGUCCAGACAAGGAACCCAGCUCUGUGGGAGAGGCUGUCUCACAGAAUCAGGGCAGAGCGCCAAAGGGAGGAGACAAAACCUUGACUCAAUUUCUCCAGAGCCAAAAGGCAUUCCUAGGGCUCGGGAGGAACCGUGUGCUCUAAGCAUGUAUAGGGCCAGUUGUAAGCCUUCUUUCCUCUCGCUCAUCCCCCAUCCCAGCCACCUCCUGCCUGGAGUCACUGGAUUCUCCUAGGAUCAUAGAUUUAGAACUAAAGGGACCUUUUAGAGUAUCUAGUCCAGCCUCCUCAUCUUAUCACUUUAAUUUCUGUUUUAACCCUCACUUUCCAUCUUAGAAUCGAUACUGUGCAGUGUCUCCAAGGCAGGAGAAUGGUUAGGGCCAGGCAACGGGGGUCAAGUGACCUGCCCAGGGUCACCCAGCUGGUCACAUUUGAACCCAGGACCUCCUCGCUCUAGGCCUAGCUCAAUGCACCCAGCUACCCAGCUGCCCCCAGUCUCGUUGCUUUACAGGAACAAAUGGAAUCAUUUGCCCUUCAUGUCACAAGCACUAGAGCUGGGAUUUGAACAGAGAUUCUCUGACCCCAAAGCCAGAAUUCUUUCCAUGUUGUACCAGAUGACUUGUUGGUUGUGCUUUCGGCCUCCAUCUUAGCGCGUCAGGGUUGGGCGGCGGAACACUCCAAGAAAAGGCAUGUGUGGUCCCUUAGUGCAAAGACACUCAAGCCCUCUUCCUCGUUGAUUUCCUCUCCUGGGACUCUUCCAAGGUGAAGGAACGCAGGGCUGGCUUGCCAGCCCCACAGGCUUCGGUUCAACAGUGGCCACUUUGACCCAGCCCAGCCCAGGCUGAAGAGCCAGGCAAGUCACGUGGCUGUAUGCCCCGCCCCCGGGGGGGACUUGCUGCCUGCUGACCUCAGACCCAUGCUGGGGGACGUGCCUUUGCAGCACCAGAUAGAGAAUUCUUGGCGAAGCGUCCAGUGCUGACGCUCUUUUAUCCUUCAUUAGUAUUCCCUCCCUCACUCUGGGGCGCAUCAUCUGUUUAUCUACCUAUAAUAUCUGAAACAUGAGGCAGGUGCGGCUGCCCAUCCCCAGCACAAUUGGGAAUAGGCAAAAGGGACAUUUCAUGCCUACUGUGGCUCCCUGAUGCUCUCAUAGACGUCUGCUUUAAGGAACAGACAGAUUCCAGAUGGUAUCGCAUCCACCCAGGAGGGGGGAGGGGUGCGAGCGCGCGUGCUCCGUGGAGGGGGAGAUGCAUCACCAGGAGUCAACAUGACUUUUCACCUGCCCGGUGAAUGAGCUGGUUUCGGUGGCCAGCACGGCUGGGGCACGCUGGAAAUUUCAGCUCCUGCUCCUACAUUCCGGGACCCGGAAAUCCCAAGGGAACGAGGGAGCCAGCCGGAAUUACUCUCCACUCUGGGAUUUUGAUCGGUCCGGGAAAACGGGGAGGGGCGCCCGGAGUGGCGGGGUAGCAUUGGGGGCGGGGCGGGGCGGGAAGGCAGGAGUCAGCCGGUUCGGACACCUGCAUUGGUCGCCUGGUCCUCGGCAAAGCUGAGCUAGUAGGGCUGUCCAGCCCGACAGCACUGACACAGAACAUGCCACGAUGUGCACCACUGAUAAGCAGCCGGAGCCAUGCAGUCUUUUCGAGAAAGGUGUGGUUUCCAUGGCAAGCAGCAGAACUACCAGCCGACUUCCCAAGAUUCCUCCCGCCUGGAGAAUUACAGGCAUCAGAGCCAGGCAGGGCUGAGCUGCGAGAGACAGCGGCUGCUGGCCAAGGAGUACUACAGUCAGCAGCCCUACCCCGCCUAUGACAGCACUGCCUCAGCCGCCGCCGCCGCCGCCGCUGCCGCCGCAGCCGCCGCCGCCGCGGCCGACAAAUACCACCGCGGGAAUAAGCCCCUUCCCGGGCAGCAGCCGCUGCAGGGCAGAGCGACCUUCUCCAGUUACAGCGUCCAGGAGAACAGCCCCUACCCCGGGCGCUACUCGGGAGAGGAGAGCCUGCAGACGUGGGGAGCCCAGCCGCAGGCCCUAGCCGGAGGGGUAGCCAAGUACGAAGAGAACUUGAUGAAGAAGACGGCGGUGCCCUCCAGUAGCCGCCAGUACCCGGAGCAGAGCGCGCAGCUGCCCUUCCGGACUCACUCCCUGCACCUCCAGCAGCAGCAGCAGCAGCAGCAACAGCAGCAGCAGCAGCAGCAACAGCAACAGCAACAACAGCAGCAGCAGCAGCAGCAGCAGCAGCAGCAGCAACAACAACAGCAGCAGCAGCAGCAGCAGCUGCAGCAGCUCCAGCAGCAGCUCCAGCAGCAGCAGCAGCAGCAGCCAAACCCCUUGACGUACCCCAAGCUCCAAAGGCAGAAGAUCCAGAAUGACAUCCCCCCAAUGCCCUUUCCCCAGGGCUCUCAUUUCCCCCAGCAUUCCCAGUCCUUCCCUACUUCCUCCACGUAUUCUUCGGCCGUCCAGGGGGGGAGCCAGGGAGCCCACGCCUUCAAGAGCUGCACGGCCCCAGCCAGCCAGCCCCACGAGAGGUCCCUGGCCAGCAAUGCCAACCUGACUCCGGGCCAGAGGGUACAAAGCCUGCACAGCUACCAGUCAAGCAGAAUCGGCUACGAGCAGCAACAGCAGCAGCAGCAACAGCAACAGCAGCAACAGCAGCAGCAACAACAGCAACAGCAGCAGCAGCAGCAGGCGGCUCUCCAGGGAAGACACCAUGCCCAAGAAACGCUGCAUUAUCAAAACCUCGCCAAGUACCAACAUUACAAUCAGCAGGGCCAGAGCUACUGCCCGCCCGACACUCCAGUGAGGACCCCCGAGCAGUACUACCAGACCUUCAGCCCUAGUUCCAGUCAUUCCCCUGCACGCUCCAUGGGCCGCUCUCCGUCUUAUAGCUCGACUCCGUCCCCGCUGAUGCCCAACCUGGAGAACUUCCAGUACAGCCAGCAGACCCUCAGCACGGGAGCCUUCCCUGCCAGCAUCACGGAUCACAGCCACUUCAUGCCCCUCCUGAACCCUUCCCCGACAGAUGGGACGAGCUCGGUGGACACGCAGGCGGUGAAUUGCAAGAGUUUACAGAAAGACAAGAUCCCCGAGAACCUGCUCUCGGACCUCAGCUUGCAGAGCCUGACUGCUCUGACCUCACAAGUGGAGAAUAUCUCCAAUACCGUGCAACAGCUCCUCAUGUCCAAGUCCACUGUUCCCCAGAAGAAGGGCAUCAAGAACCUCGUUCCCAGGACCCCGGAGCAGCUCAAAGGUCAACACUGUAGCCCAGAGAGUGGCAGCUACUCUGCUGAACCUGUGGGCACCCCUCUGUCGGAGCCCCUGAGCAGCACCCCGCAGUCCAUUCAUGCGGAAGCCCAAGAGGCAGACUACCUGAGUGGCUCCGAAGAUCACCUGGAGAGGACCUUCCUCUAUUGUAACCAGACCCGGAACAGCCCUGCCAGAGUCACCAACAACUCCAAGGCCAAGCCCGAGUCCGUGUCCACCUGCUCGGUCACGUCCCCCGACGAUAUGUCCACCAAGUCCGAUGACUCCUUUCAGAGCCUCCAUAGCAGCCUGCCCCUUGACACCUUUACCAAGUUUGUGGCCAGCGACCGGGAGUGUCCCCGUCUGCUGCUCAGCGCCCUGUCUCAGGAAGAGUUGGCUUCGGAGAUCAUCGUGCUCCAGGAGGCCAUCAGCGAAAAGGCGGACAAAGGCUGGAGCGAGCCUCCCGUCCUGGCUAAGGACCCCAGCAAGGCCCCCUUCUCUCUGGAGAACCACAAUACCUGCCUGGACCCUGUGGCCAAGAACACCUGGUCCCACCCUGGGGAGCCAGAAGCCCUGCCUGAUCCGCUUCACAUCAACAAAGGCAACAGUACCAAGGACUUUGGCGAAGAGCUGUUUGAGGAUCCCCCCGUGGGCUUCACCAUGCCUGAAGCUAAGAAAUUACCCUGUUCUCUUCCAUAUGGGCCCAAACCGAGUCUCCCAGAUGCCCCGUCUAAUGCUGGGCCGACCGCUUUUGGCUGCUUUCCCGAUACCACCACUGACUCAGUGGGUUCUGGGGAUAACGCAAACCCUUUCGCUUGGCCAGAGGAGAACCUGGGGGACGCCUGUCCCAGGUGGGGUUUACACCCUACGGAGCUUCCUAAGGGAUUGGGUCGAGGGAAGCCUCCUGAGGGGUCCAGCAAAGAGAAAACCGAUGAAACCGUCUGCCUGGGCUUCCCAGAGGGAGAGCCUUCGAGCGAGAAGGAAGAGGCACGAGAUUUCAAGCAGGAGGAGGUCAGAGAAGUGAAGGAAGAGGAAGACAUCCUGGGGUGCCAGGAGCCCAGCAAAGCUGAUCGAUGGCUGGAGGAUAGCAGGCACUGUUGCCCAGCUGGUGACUUCAGUGAGAUCUCCUUGCUCCCCUCCUCUGAGAGAAAAGACUUGGAGGCAGAAGAGUAUUCCUCUCUUUGUGAGCUCCUGGCCAGCCCUGAGCAAAGAUCUGGCCUCCAGGAUCCCUCGCCCCCGAAGACCCCAUUGAUCUGCACCAAGGAAGAGCCUGAAGAGUCCCUCAGCCCAAAGGCUAACUGGGUUUCUCCCUGCCGCCUCUCGGGAGACUCGGUCAUCCUCCUGGGUCCAGCAGUGGGUACCGAGUCCAAGGUGAAGAGCUGGUUCGAGUCAUCCCUGUCUCACAUGAAGCCGGAAGAAGGGGGGACUGCAGAGAAUGAGAGCACCGCUCCGGAGAAUGUAGCCCCCAGUGCCCCUCUGCCUGGGAAGCUGAAUAAGCCAGCAUUGCCUGAAAACACUAUUGCCAAGAAAGGGCCCAUGCCUCGAGGGAAGAGCCUGAGGAGCCGCCGCGUGCAGAGAGGGCUGCCCGAGGGAGAGGAGUCUGGCUGCAAGGCCCCAGAUCUGCCCAAGGACCUUUCACUGCCAGAAGCCUGCACCGGGCAGCCCCAGGGACACACCGAAGGUGCAGGGGCUCCUGGCCCGCUGGGUUCUGCCGGGAGGGUGGUGGCGGAAGGCCUCCCCAGGAUGUGUACCCGCUCUUUCACCGCCCUCAAUGAGCCCCGAACCCCUGGCUCCCACCCACCCAGCCUCACUGGAGCCUCCUCCCAACCUGAGAAGCUGGGGACAAAACAGAGGGCCAACUUCAAGUCUGGAAAGAGAGCAGGAAAACUGUCCCCGAAGGUGGCCUCGAGCCCCAGUGACCCCGCAGCCUUGCCAGUGCCCAGCCUGGCCCAAGAGAACAGCUCCAUGGGGUCCAAGAUGAAGGAAACGGAGUCUCCAGACACCCCGCCCAAGGACCAGAGGUCCAUGAUCCUCCGGUCUCGGACCAAAGCCCAGGAGCUCUUCCACUCCAAGCGAAGGAGGCCUACGGAAGGGAGGCUGCCAAACUGCAAAACUGCCAAGAAACUCAUUUCUAAUAACCACCUACCACCCAGCUUCAAGAUGCCUGGCAGUGCCCAGAAAGAGGGGAAAGCAAACAGGAGGGUGAAACUCCCCAAGCCUGCGUCCAGCAUGGGAGGCAAGCUGCCAGAGCAUCAGCUGCACUCCCUGAAGAGGAAGUCCACCUUCAUGUCCCCAAUUCCAGCCAAGAAGAGGAAUCUGAUUCUCCGAAGUGGAGGCAGCCCCGGGAGCAUCAAGGAGGAGAAGGCCGAGGCCUCCCCCAGCCUCUUCAAGAGGAUCUCCAGCCCCAAAAAAGCCAAAUCCACCAAGGGCACCUGUGAACCCCCCCUGAAAGCCCCUCCUCCGGAGACCCCCAACGUCUGCAUCAAGAUCACCUCUCGAGCUGCCUUCCAGGGAGCUAUGAAGACCAAGGUCCUGCCUCCCCGCAAGGGCCGAGGCCUGAAGUUGGAAGCCAUCGUGCAGAAGAUCACCUCUCCCAGCCUGAAGAAGUUCGCGUGCAAAACUGCAGCCGCCGCCGCAGCCGCCGCCGCCGCUGCCGCCGCCGCCGCCGUGGUGGCUCCAACCCACAGCGGUAGUGCUCUGAGCCCUCCCCUCCCAGAGAAGGAGAGGGCCCUGAAGAAGGCCGGUGCCAGCCCGGCCGGGGGAGAAGCGAGGCCUUUAAACCCGGGCACGGCCGAAAAGCCUCCCGAGGACCCCGGAGAGGAGCAGUUGUGCAGAAAUCCCAGCAGCCGGUCCUUAAAAGGAAAACUGGUGAGCAGUAAGAAGCUGGCCUCUGACUGCUUCAAGGGGGAGGCCUGUUCUUCUCCAGAGGCCCCGCCGCAGCAGCAGCAGCAGGGAGGCGGUGGCAGCGGUGGCAGCAGUGUGGAUGCUGCCAAAGGUCUCAGCCUGGUGCCCAAGAAGAGGAGCCGGAAAGGGAAGGCGGCGGCCCUGGGCCUGGCCAAGCUUCCCCUGGAGAAGCGAGCCCAUCUGGCUCCCAGCCUGCUCCUGGCCUCCAGGGAGAGGGCGGCCAUUGGGGGCGUCCUGGCCGACAGCGGGGAGGAUGGGGAAGGGGAAGAAGGGAAGAAACCCCGCUUGGAGGACAAAGGCCUGACCCCGGAGCCCGCCGAGGGCAGGGCCUCCCAGCCGCAGACCAGGGCUCAGAAGCAGCCCGUCGGCCAGGCCAGCUACAAUGGCGGCUACUCCAAGCGGCAGCGCAAACGGCUCACUCGAGGCAAGGCCAAGAACGUGGCUUCCCAGUGCAAGAGCCGGGCCAAAAGGCGAAGGCAACAGCAGCAGGCUCCCCCCUUGGACCCUGCUGAACCCGAGAUCCGACUGAAGUACAUUUCCUGCAAAAGGCUUCGGACUGAUAGCCGAGCACCACCCUUCUCCCCCUAUGUCCGGGUGGAGAAGAAGGACGAGUUCACCACCACGUGUACUGUGGUCAACUCCCCCGGGGAAGAGCCCAAGCCCCGCAAGGAGAAGCCUUCCUCGUCCUCGUCCUCGUCGUCGUCGUCGUCCUCGUCCUCUUCCUCAUCGUCCUCGUCCUCGUCCUCUUCUGCCACCUCUCCCACCACCUCCUCCUCUGCCCUGGCCACCCUCCCAGGCGGCGCCUCUCUGCAGGCCCGGGCCGUGCUGCCCCUCUCGUCCACCAUGCACCUGGGGCCCGUGGUUUCCAAGACCCUGAGCGCCGCCUGCCUGGUCUGCUGUCUCUGCCAGAACCCCGCCAACUACAAGGACCUGGGGGACCUGUGCGGGCCCUACUACCCCGAGGACUGCCUGCCCAAAAAGAAGUCCAGGCCCAAGGAGAAGGCGAGGGCCGAGGGGCUGGGGGAGGACGCGGCAGCGCCCCCGGACAGAACGCUCAGAGCUCUGGAGAGCCCCUGCCCGGCCGGCAAGCCCCCCCGGCCGGACGUCGCGGCGGCCGACUCGACCAAGCCCAGCGCUCUGAGGUCCAGUUCCCGAGGCCUGUACCGGAAGCUGCAGAGCUGCUACUGCUGCGACGAGCAGAGGACCACGGAAGACGAAGAGGCCGCCGCGGACAAGCCCAGGAAGCACGAGUGCAGCAAGAGCGAGGCAGCGCCGCCGCCGCCGCCCGAGCUGAGUGGAGACACCCAGGAGCACUGGGUGCACGAAGGCUGCGCCAUUUGGACUGCCGGCGUCUACCUGGUGGCUGGGAAGCUCUUCGGCCUGCAGGAGGCGAUGAAGACGGCGGCCGACGUGAGAUGUUCCAGCUGCCAGCAAGUAGGGGCCACCCUUGGCUGCUGCUACAAAGGAUGUCCUCAAACCUACCACUACGCAUGUGCCAGUGACACAGGUUGCGUUCUAGUUGAAGAGAACUUUUCUUUGAAAUGUCCUAAACAUAAGAGGCAGCUGUUGUAAUGCACCCUCCGGGGUCUCACCUCCUCCACCGGGACAGGAGCCGGCGCCGAGCCCGGGCCCAACUCUCCCCUGGAGCCGAGACCAGGACCACCCAAUUCGGCCCCUCGAGCGCUCACCUAAGCAGAGGCCCUCCCGAAUGUGCUCGCCUCCCCCCCGCCUUUGGGCUUUGUCCCCCGCAAAGAACCUCCUCAGAGCAUUUGUGGAUUUGGGCUCCGCGCCGAGCCGUGCCCAGAGCUCUCUUCCCAGGUGGCCAGAGGGCAGAGGGAGGGGGCCGGCACGUCCGGCGGGGAUCGCCCAUCCUCGGGCCUCUACGUCUGACUCUGCCCCGACUCCCCCCUCCUGGCAGGCUGCCUCCGGGGCCAGGCCAGACGAGAGGCCGCUCCUGCCUGCCAUGUUCUUCCGGGUCCCGGCCGGAGGAAGGCAGGGCCGGAAGAGCCACGUGCAUGCCCCGGCAAAGCCCGGCUCUGUUAGUGUAGUGGAAGAAAUGUCCCGUCCUUGGCCGUCCGCAGGGUCCCCGCGUGGCCCUGGGGCCGGUGGCAGGGGGGCGGCCCUCCUCGCUCGCUGACUGUGACCUGGGCUCGUCCCCUCCUUGCCUCGGUUUCCUCGUCUGUAAAAUGGUGGGGUUUGACCGAGUGAUUUCUGAGGUCCCUUCCAGCCCGAACCCUGCGGCUCCUCGGCUUCUCUCCCUCCCCCGAACCUGUGGCUCAUCGGCCUGAAAAUAGCAGUCGGCGACCGGAGGGUCAGGAGCCGGGCGGGGCCGGGGGAGCCGCCCCCCCCGGGCGCCCCUCCCCCAGCCAGCGUGCAGAGGGUGGGCCACGCGUGUAUAUAUAGGUGUAACACACACGUGAUAACGCAGCACACAUCAUAUUUAGCUGUUCACCCUCAUCGUGCUCUAUGGGCAUGUGUGGCUCGACGACGAGAUCUGGAGUCGGUGCGGGGACGGGGACGCGCCGCGAGGCGCCCAGCCGGGGAGCACGCGGCCGCAGACAGGUAUAUCAUGUGUAUAAAAUAUAUAUGUACUGUUCUAUAUAUAUAUGUUAUAUAUAAUGUAUAUAUGUCGGAGACGCGCUCGCUUCUGUCACCACAUGGUUCCACUGCAAGCAGCCACCUCAGGCCUCGCCGCGCGCCAGAGCCCGCCUGGCGCAUCUGUGUGUGUGUGUGUCUGUGGUCCUCCGCUUGGCUCGCCGGCCGCCGGGGCGCCCCGCCGAGCUCCCCCGUCUUAGUGGCAUCAUGUACAUAUGACUGUAAAAUGGUAAACGUGUGUAUUAUAUAUUGCCUCAUUAUAUAGUGUAUAUAUAUGUAUACAUAUACAUAUAUAUAAUAUAUAUGAAGACUGUAAAAUGUUAAGGACUAGUGUUCUUAUUAGUAUAUUGCUUCACACUGAAGAUUGUGUGUUAACGAGCUGUUUCUAAAAGAUGUUUAUUUUCCUUAAGAGUAAAAAAAAAGAAAAAAACAGGUCAUUGCAUUAAAAAAACCGUCAAUAAAGAUACAACAAUUGUUUUGGAA